AUGCAGUUCACCAACAUCCUCCUCCCUCUGCUGUUCGCCAUCACUGGCGCCAAUGCCCAGCAAUCUGGCGAUGCCACUUCCGUCACGACCUAUUACACUACCUUCACCGUGAGCCGUGUCGUCGAGACCACCACUUGCACUUCGACCACUACUCCUGCCGCUGAGUCCACCACCGAGGCCCCCAUCGUCUCUACUUCUGAGGCUCCUGUUUCCUCCAGCUCGCCCUCCACCUCGUUCACCACUGAACUCCUCACCCAGACCGUUCAGAGAAUCGCAGCCAGCUCUGCCGUCUCUUCUUCCAUGGCUACUGUCUACCCUAUUGCUGCCAGCGCUUCUGCUGUCAUGCCCCACGCUUCGACCAACGGCACUGGUGUCGCCUCUCCCACUCUGACUCCUUACACUGGUGCUGCCUCUGGCUUGACCAUCCAAUUCGGCGCUGCCGCUGUCAUUGCCGCUGUCGCUGGUGUUGCUCAGAUGCUUUAA